AUGGCAGCUACCAAGACCCGUAUCUGGCUCGAUUGCGACCCUGGUCACGAUGUAUCCGAACACCCCAAUCUCGAACUCGUUGGUAUAUCUACUGUCCAUGGAAAUUCCUCGAUGGAUAACGUAACUUCCAAUGCACUCUCGCUACUCACCGCAAUCGGAAAGACAGAUGUCCCAGUGUACGCCGGAUCCCGCAAACCUUUCAUGCGCCCUGCCGUCCACGCUCCCGAUAUCCAUGGAGACUCUGGUAUCGAUGGUACCACCUUGCUGCCCGAAUCAAAGGUCGCUAUGAAAUCAGGAAAUACCAUUCUAGCCAUAUACGAGGCUAUCAUGAAAACGCCGUUUCAGACUUGUGCGGUCGUAGCCACCGGAACUCUGACCAACGUUGCGCUAUUGUUCGCCGCUUUUCCAGACGUAGUGGGACAUAUCCGAUGUGUUUCCAUCAUGGGAGGAGCUUUUGGUGGAAGAGAGGACGCGAGGGGAAACAUUACCAAGUGGGCAGAAUUCAAUAUCUAUUGCGAUCCCGAGUCUGCCCGAUCGAUAUUCUCCAACCCGGAGCUUUCCGGCCGGAUAACACUAGUUCCUCUAGACUUGACACAUACGGUCCUCGCGACCUCUGAUGUCCUAACCGCGCUUAUGACGACAUCUCAUCCCACCACCAAACUCCGCAAGAUGCUUCACGACCUUCUCACUUUCUUCUCGAAGACGUAUGCCGAGGUUUUCAACAUCACCGCCGGCCCUCCACUUCACGAUCCUCUGGCCGUCGCGGCCACCAUCCCCGGCAAUGAGAUUGAGUGGGAUAUGGAGGAGGUUCAAGUUGAGGUUGUCUGCCAUGGUGAACAAAUUGGGCAGACAAUCAAGACUCCAAGGGACCAAGCCCAUGGGGGAGUCAGAGGAGAGGAACUAGGCAAAGGAGGUGCAGAGCCGGUGACUUGGGUUAAGGUCCCUCGAAGCGUUGCUGUUGACAGUUUCUGGAAGGUUAUGAUGUCAUGCGUCGAGAAGGCCGACGGGAGAUAUAAUUGGGAAUAGUGGUAUCCUGUACAUAACAGAUAACUUUUGCCUGCUGUGCUGAGCUGACUUAUGAUCAAAAAUUAAAGAGAAACGUUAACGUCUCUACAAGAGUUUAUUUUUGGAGGAAAAA